CAAAGAUAUGGCAAUGGUAGUUAGCAGCUGGCGAGAUCCGCAGGACGACGUGGCCGGGGGCAACCCCGGCGGCCCCAACCCCGCAGCGCAGGCGGCCCGCGGCGGCGGCGGCGCCGGCGAGCAGCAGCAGCAGGCGGGCUCGGGCGCGCCGCACACGCCGCAGACCCCGGGCCAGCCCGGAGCGCCCGCCACCCCCGGCACGGCAGGGGACAAGGGCCAGGGACCGCCCGGCUCGGGCCAAAGCCAGCAGCACAUCGAAUGCGUGGUUUGCGGGGACAAGUCGAGCGGCAAGCACUACGGCCAGUUCACCUGCGAGGGCUGCAAAAGUUUCUUCAAGAGGAGCGUCCGCAGGAACUUAACUUACACAUGCCGUGCCAACAGGAACUGUCCCAUCGACCAGCACCACCGCAACCAGUGCCAAUACUGCCGCCUCAAGAAGUGCCUCAAAGUGGGCAUGAGGCGGGAAGCGGUUCAGCGAGGAAGAAUGCCUCCAACUCAACCCAAUCCAGGCCAGUACGCACUCACCAACGGGGACCCCCUCAACGGCCACUGCUACCUGUCCGGCUACAUCUCGCUGCUGCUGCGCGCGGAGCCCUACCCCACGUCGCGCUACGGCAGCCAAUGCAUGCAGCCCAACAACAUCAUGGGCAUCGAGAACAUCUGCGAGCUGGCCGCGCGCCUGCUCUUCAGCGCCGUCGAGUGGGCCCGCAACAUCCCCUUCUUCCCGGAUCUGCAGAUCACCGACCAGGUGUCCCUACUACGCCUGACCUGGAGCGAGCUGUUCGUGCUCAACGCAGCCCAGUGCUCCAUGCCGCUGCACGUGGCGCCGCUGCUGGCCGCCGCCGGCCUGCACGCCUCGCCCAUGUCCGCCGACCGCGUCGUGGCCUUCAUGGACCACAUCCGCAUCUUCCAGGAGCAGGUGGAGAAGCUCAAGGCGUUGCACGUCGACUCGGCCGAGUACAGCUGCCUCAAAGCCAUCGUGCUGUUCACGUCAGAUGCCUGUGGCCUGUCGGACGCCGCCCACAUCGAGAGCCUGCAGGAGAAGUCGCAGUGCGCGCUGGAGGAGUACGUGAGGAGCCAGUACCCUAACCAGCCUAGCCGCUUCGGCAAACUGCUACUACGACUGCCCUCGCUGCGCACCGUAUCCUCCUCGGUCAUCGAGCAGCUCUUCUUCGUCCGUUUGGUAGGUAAAACCCCCAUCGAAACUCUCAUCCGCGAUAUGUUACUGUCUGGGAGCAGCUUCAACUGGCCUUACAUGUCUAUCCAGUGCUCCUAGACCUUGGGCGCUUCCCACCUGCCCCCACCCCCUAGAGACUCACAGGACCGGCGGGGGGCCGUGGACUCCAAUGCCGCGGGGACACCAGGCGGCCGAUGCAGGGUGCGGUGGGCCGGGCAGCGGGGAGGAGGGCCAGGGCGACAGGAGCAGCCCACCGUGCAGAAAUGCAACCCGAGCUGCAAACCAGGAGAAAAAGAGACUCUUUUUAGUGUCAGAUCUGUGGACACGUUGGAAAGGAAAGGAAAAAGACCUUGUGUCUGAUGAGAAAAAGAAAAAAAUUUGGAAGAGAGGACCAUGAAAAUUUUAAUAAAACAGAAGGAGACUAACGGACCUUCCAGGAUUUAUUGUGGACAGAUGUGGAUAUAUUCUGUACAGAAAACAACACACAUGGAAGUGGACCGAAUCCUAUGUAGAAACACACACACACGCACACACACACACGUUGUUAUUCAUUUUGUAAAAUACUAGUCUUUAUUUUCAUUUUUUUGUAAAAUUUAAACAUCGUAUGCAUAUAAAAAAGAAACAAGAAUUAGGGGAAAAUAACAUUUUCCAAAUAAUUAUUAAAAAAAUUGUCCUGUGUCUAUGUAUCUAUAUCUGUUUUGUAUUUUUUUCUGGUUCCAAACCAGAUUUCCUGUGAUUCUAUACUAAUAAUUUUUGAUAUAACCCUUUGCUUCUUAUAAUGAGUGCGAUAUAUGUUGUCGAGGCUGUUCUUCAAGAAUUAAAAUUGAAGUGAAAAUUUAAACAAAAAAUAAAAGAA